GCCCCGCAUCCCAACCUUCCCGUUGUUUCUGACCUUUUCCCUUAGGCAAUUGAAAGUGAAUGGUAUGGUUGGAGAUCAGAUACCGUCUCACCCUCCCAGCCAGCAGCCACCCCUCAUAUCUCAACCCGAAUAACACAACCAACAAAAUUUAAAAAGGCAGUAUAAAGACGGCAAUCGAUACUCGAUAUACAAAUAAAGAUCCUGAACAGUGGGCCCGAGGUCGCAUUAGUAGUUAUCGCAGGAACAGAUUUUCCAUGAUUGAGGCGGCCAAAAUGACAGCUUUUGUAAACGUGCAACAAAGAUUUGAAUAGAUUUUCCGUGAUCGAGGCGGCCAAAAUGAUGGCUUUUGUAGACGUGCAACAAAGAUUUAAACAGUUCACGUGAAUGGAAAGUCCAGAGAGGGACAUGUCAUAAUGCCACUGCCUUUAUGGCUCCAAGACUCCGUUGCUCUCCUUUUCUCUUUAUCAUCCUCAUCCUUGAUUGUUAUUUACUCGGCCGUUCUCAAAACCCUCCCCGGUCGAUUCCUUUCUAGGUUCUCCUGCAUUGAGCUCGACAACGUUUCUGCUCUUUUGUCGAAUGAGGGGAAUGUUGAAAAGUGAAAACUCAAUGGCUCUCAAGCAUUCUGGACAGCUUUUUGGAGGUACCAUGCACCAGAACGUGCUCCUCCAUUUGUAUUUCCAAAGAUGCAGUAGUUUGCAGAUUCCCAGACACGGAUAUCCGCUUGAUAUGGUCACUGGCAUCGGCUCGUGACUAACUUGCAAUCUGCUUGCCAUCUGUUGUGCACUUUACUUCUUCUGCUCAGAGGGCUAUUGUUGCUAGCAUCUUGUUCCAUGUGCAUCGCGAGCUAUUCGUCCUUCGAC